AAACUAUGAUCUAUUCUUGUGUUAAUUGUUAGUGGUGUAAUACGUUCUGUAAAAUAACAAAAUGCCACGUUUAAGCUUAGACACAAAUUUACCAGCUUCAAAAAUUCCCGAGGAUUUUUUGAGCACAUGCACUAGUCUUCUUUCUAAAAGUCUAGGCAAAAGACAAUCAUAUUGCGUAUCAACGGUGAACCCGGGUGUAAUAAUGACACUUGGUGGGUCCAAUGAUCCCUGUGGAUUUAUUCAAGUAACAAGCAUUGGGAGUUUGGGACCAGAAGAGAAUCCCAAACACAUAGAAGUUCUAACUGACUAUAUGCAUCAAACUCUUGGAAUUCCGAAAGAGAGGCUUCUUAUAAAUUUACAAGCAAAUAUUCAAGAAACUACCGGUUAUCUUGGAACCACCUUCUAUCAACUAUUUACUGUUGAAAAAGGAAAACGACUUUAAAGAAAGAAAAAUUGUUUUUAGUUUAAAUGGUUUUUUAAAAUAUUAUAUUAUUAUAUAUUAUUAUACAAUGUUAUUCAACUUUUAUGAUUUUAUAAUGCAACUAUACAAAUUCUGAUUUUUGGAUUAUUUUAUAAUAUAGGGACUGAAAGGCAAUAUUUUCACGGAUUUAUAUUUUUUUAUACCAUUUAAGUAGUAUCUUGAGAAAAUUUGUUUUUCAUAUGAUGACUUCCCUUUUUUUACUGUAAAUUGUCGAACAAAUGUUUUUUUCGAUAACGCAAAUGCUUUGAAAUCAAAAUUUGAACCAGUGGUUUUUAAAUUACAAAAAUUGUAUGGUAUGGUAUUAUAUAAAAUAUAAAAUAUAUAAUGUAAUAUUUAUUUUAGUACUGAUUCGAUAUGAUAAGUCAAUAUUUAGAAAUUAUAAAAUGCUAAUAUAUCACUAUUGUUUAAUAAUUACUAUAAUUUGCAAAUCAUCUAUAUCAUUAAAACUAUGAUCAUGAACAAUUUAUUCUAUCCAUUAAAAAUUAAGCUUAAUAAUUCAGAAACAACUUAUUUGAAUUUUGAUUAAUUAUUAUUAUUUAAAACAACAUUCUUAAAAAAUAAACCUAACAUAUAAUAAACAGCAAAAAAGUGGAUUUCAGAUAAAAAAAAAUAUAAUCCAUAAAGAAAACUCUUAAUUUAAUGUCAUAAUAUAACAAUGUAAGUUUUGGAAAUUAGGUCUCAAGUAUAUUACCUUAAAAAUCCUGAAAAUCAAAAUCAUUACUAAAUAAGGGAGUUAGCGUACCUGGGUUAAUUAUCUGUAUAUAUUUUUAAAAUAUUAAGAUAACUGCCUUUGCUUCUUACAAAUUAUUAUAAUAUUAUAACGGGUUAUAUAAUAUGUAUAAGUAAUAAUAUGCACUUAUAAUAUACAUUUUGCAAAACUUUUACUCAGCAUACUUAGAAUUUAUAAAAAUUAUAUACUACAAUUUAUGGUCGUAGCAGAUAUUAUAUAUGUAUUGAUCAUUACUUAUGCCUUUUGUAUUACCUAUCAAAAUAUAAGCUAUUUGGUUUAACAA